AUGGUUGAUUGGCUGGGCUCCGUGGAGGAAUGUGGAUCCUCGGACGAAGCUGGCGGAGCGGCUGGGGGCGCUGCGCAAGUCGCCGCUCCGCGGCGUGGCGCGCAGAGCGCGCAGGAAGAGGGCCGAGCGGGAGCCCGCGGGGCUCCGGGGGUGCAGGACGAGCGCGAGAGGCAGCGGGAGCGGAGCGGGUUGGACCGGCGGAACUUAUUAUCCAUCCCUCGCGUCUGCUCCGAUGAGAUCGCGCCGCGCCACCUUUCUCGCACGAACAGCUGUAUCGAUCAUCCGCGGCCGGUCACGGCGCAGCGGGAGAAGCCGCGCAGCAGUUUUGACGGAGAGCGGGAGCGCGAGAGGGAGGCGGAGCGGGAGGAGAGGGGGCGAGUGAAGGGCGGAACGCGCAGAGGGGGAAGCGCAGCGGCGAACGCGAAGGGGGAGAGCGGAAAUUUGUCGCGAACGUCCAGCUGUAUGUCGGUUGGCGGCGACGAAGUUCGGCGACUGGAGAACGAAAUCGCGGUCUUGCGGCGGCAGCUGGUAACUGUCGGCCAAGCCAAGACCGCCUUUGGCAAUGCCGGUUCGGCAAGUGGCUCGGGCCAAGCCAGACCGUGCCAGCAUUCCGGGCCUCAGGCCGAGGCUCGGUCACCAGAAUGGCAGAGCAUCGCGAUGGAGGUGGUGGAACUAAGGGGUCAGCUGGACGAGUUGUCCGAAGCUAACGGACGCUUAACGGAGCUGCUUGAAAGGAGGACGCAGGAGCUGGUCGCGACAAAAGAGGAGCUGAUAACGGCCAAGGAGGAGCGCGACGCGCUGGCCAAAGAAAUGGAGGCGCUGCUCGAGUCCCUGUCAGCAUCGCCGCCUGCUGACGUGGCAAAUACAGGCAUGAGCGCCUUGCAGCAGCAACAGCAGCAGCAGAGGGUGCAGCAGGCGGAAGAGGAGGCACGGCAGCUGCAGGUACUACUCGAAACGGCCAUGGCGGAGAGAGACAUGGCUGUGCGCCUUGCUGCCGCCACAGGGAGACUCCCUGCGGGGCUCAUUCCAUCUACCAGCGUUGGCAGCAUCGCCCGUUCAUCCAGUGAAGAGCCGUCGCCUCGGCUGCGUUUCACUCCCCUGGACGUCCGCUUCCGCACCUCUCUUACAAACUCCCCCUCAUGUCUGUCUCCCGCCGGCCGCCCGAGUGCGUACGCACCAUCGCCGUUCCGCUCACACAGCGAAUCCAGUUCGGGCAACCGUGUUGACACCAUAGCCAAGUCGUGGCUUGGCGCCGAGCCUGCAGGGAAGCCUCGGCACGGGAUGAUGAGGAGCUCGAGUCGGGGCCUGGUGACGUCAGCCAUACCAAGCAUGGACCCUGGUAGUCCCUCUGUUAAUGCUGGAUGGAGGGGAGCGGCGAGCGGGGAGGUGCAUGUGGGGAAGGGGCACCUGAGGCGGACUUCAACUGCAGGAGGUGCCAUUGAGGCGAGGCGUGUGUGGGAAUCGCGAUCGCCCAUUUCGAUGAGCCGACCCGGAAGUGCCGAUAUAGGUGCGCUGCAACAAGGGGCGGAGCAUGCUGUGGGGAGCAAGGCUGAGGAUAAAGGGGCGAAGAAAGGGGGACUGAAAGGCAUACUUUCACGCAAGUCUAAGCAAGCGACCCUUGCCGCCGGGUUGGGCAGUGCUUCCGCCACUGCUGCUCCCGCCUCACGCGCAUGCCCCUCCGCCGCCGCCUUCUCCGCCAUCCCCGCUUCCGCCCGUUUCUCCACCGUCACUCGCGCCCCUUCCGCUGCCUUCUCGCCUGCUGACGCAUUCUCCUCCGCCGCCACUGCCCCCGCCGUUUCCUCCGCGUCCCCCGCUUCCACCUCGUCCGCCGGCGCUUCCGCCGCUCCCCGCGCCCCCCCCGCCCUCGUGCCCAUCUCGACAGUCCUCGUGGCAAAUCGCGGCGAGAUCGCGUGUCGCGUGAUGCGCACUCUAAAGCGCCUCGCGAUUCGCUCAGUGGCCGUGUACAGUGAUGCGGACCGCGACGCGCUCCACGUGCGAUCCGCUGACGUGGCGUUCCGCGUGGGGCCCGCCCCGGCGCGAGAGAGCUACCUGCGGGGCGACGCGAUCCUGGAGAUUGCAGAGCGAUGCGGGGCGCAGGCCAUUCACCCCGGCUAUGGUUUUCUCUCCGAGAAUGCUGACUUCGCUGCAGCGUGCAAACAGAGAGGACUGGAAUUCAUUGGGCCGCCGCCAAGUGCUAUCCGGGCGAUGGGGGACAAAAGUGCGGCCAAGGAGCUGAUGACGUCAGCAGGGGUGCCGGUGGUCCCGGGGUACCACGGCGAGGACCAAUCAGAGCGCUUCCUGCAGGAGGAGGCGGGGCGGAUCGGAUACCCCAUUCUGAUCAAGGCCACUCAGGGGGGCGGGGGCAAGGGCAUGCGCAUAGUGCGUCAGCCUCAGGACUUCCUCGCCAGCCUGGCGAGUGCAGCGAGGGAGGCGGCAGCAUCGUUUGGCAAUGGACGGGUGCUGCUGGAGCGAUACAUUCAGAGGCCCAGGCACAUUGAAGUGCAGGUAUUCGCAGACAAGCACAGCAAUGUGGUGCAUCUGUUCGAGAGGGACUGCAGCGUGCAGCGGCGGCACCAGAAGAUCAUCGAAGAGGCUCCCGCUCCGGGCAUAUCUGAGGAGUUUAGGGAGAAGAUCUGCUCCGCUGCUGUUGACGCUGCCAAGGCGGUGGGGUACGAGGGGGCAGGUACGGUGGAGUUCAUAAUCGACUGUGACACUAACGAGUUCUUCUUUAUGGAGAUGAACACAAGGCUGCAGGUGGAGCAUCCAGUAACGGAGAUGGUGACAGGACAGGAUCUAGUGGAGUGGCAGGUGCGCGUGGCACAAGGGGAGCCCCUCCCGCUCGCUCAGGGGGACCUGAAGCUAACAGGGCAUGCCUUUGAGGCGCGGGUCUACGCUGAGAACGUUCCCAGAGGCUUCCUGCCGGCUGCUGGCCCGCUGCUGCACCUGCGCACUCCGGAACCCUCUGCUUGCGUCCGGGUCGAGACGGGGGUGCAGGAGGGCGAUGACGUCAGCACCUUCUACGACCCAAUGAUAGCCAAGCUGGUGGUGUCAGCGGCCAAUCGCAGCGCGGCGCUGCAGCUGCUGCGGCAAUCCCUGGGGCGGUACGAGGUGGCGGGCGUGCCGACCAAUCUCGCGCUGCUCCAGGCUGUCGCGUGCCACGCGGGAUUCGAGCGUGCUGACGUGGACACGCACUUCAUUCAGCGCCACCACGACCAGCUGAUGACGUCACCAGUGACGUCACCGGCAGCAGGGGGAGUGGUGGGAUCAGGGAAGGCAGGAGAAGCAGCAGGGGGAGGAGCGGAGAGGGCCGGGGAUGGGGUGUUGCCUCUAAGUGGGGCAGAGGGCGCAGCAGUGGCAGCAAUGGUGUGUCAAUGUGUGGUGGAGAGAUGGAGGGAGCAGGGCCGUGGUGGCUUUUCACCGUCCUCCCCCCAUUCCCCCUCUUCCCCCUCUCUCCCCCCUUCCCCCUGGUCGUCCGCCUCUGGGUUCCGCCCCAACUACUUCUAUUCCCGCCCCUUCGCCCUCUCCACCUGCCUGGGGGGAGGGGAGGGCGCGGAAGGGGAGGGGGACGAGGGGGAAGAUGGGGAGGAGGCGGAGGCUGGGGAAGGGGGGGCGGAGAAGGGGGCGGAGGAAGCGGGCAGGCAAGGGGCGGUGGAGGGGUGGGUGAGGUAUGAGACGGAUGGGGGCUUCACGGUUGGGCUGGCGGAUGGGAGACACGUGGCAGCCUCUGGUUGGGUGGUGGAUGGGGAGGGCCGGCGGGUGGAGGUGGAGGUGGGGGGGGAGAGGAGCCGCUUGUCGUUCUUCCAAGAGAGCACGCGCAACCCCACAUCCCUCCCCUUUUUCCACCCCCUUAUACCCCCGCCCUCCGCCCAUCAGCCGGACAGCAUCACCACCCACGUGUGGGGGCGUGGUGGUAACGCCGAUGGCGGGGAGGGUGGUGCGGGUGGCAUGUGGGGAGGGCGCAUCUGUGCGCAAGGGGGACGUGGUGGUGAUUCUCGAGUCCAUGAAGAUGGAGGUGGCAGAUGGGAUGCCUCUCUUCCGCGUGGUGCCGCCAGAACAAGCAGCAUCAGCCUAGCCGUGCUGCUGCCAGUAGUGGGCACUGGGCACGGCCUGGAGGAGGGGUGGGUGGAGGAGGGAAGGGAAGGGGCGGUGGGGCAGCAGGUGGCAGAUGGGAUGCCUCUCUUCCGCGUGCUGCCCCCACAGCAAGCAGCAUCGCCCUAG